GGGCGCUGGCCGCGGUGCUGAAACGGCGCUCUCGGCGGGACGGGAGGGAGGGGGCGGGGCUCCGAGCUCCGAGCGGGGGGGAGGGGAGGGGCGGGGCGGCGCCUGCAGGCGGAGACCCCGCUUGACCCUAGAGCAGUUCCGAGACACCAGACCCGCUGCCUAGAGCGGUCACGGGCAUCUGGCACUCGUCCCCUGACGAAGCCAAGGCUGUCCUGUCCUAGUAAGCCUCUUCCCCCUACUCUAGGGGGGACUCUCACCUUGUGCCCUGACCUCAGCCUCCUCCCCUAACCCGGCUGAGGAGUGAUCCUUUUCGGGGCCUCCAUCCCCAAAGCCGCAGACGUGCAGCCCAGGCGUCCCCCGGCCGACGCCUGCUGCCCUCACCAUGGUGAAGUUGCUGCCCGCCCAGGAGGCCGCCAAGAUCUACCACACCAACUACGUGCGGAACUCGCGCGCCGUGGGCGUGAUGUGGGGCACGCUCACCAUCUGCUUCUCCGUGCUGGUCAUGGCCCUCUUCAUCCAGCCCUACUGGAUCGGCGACAGCGUGAACACACCGCAGGCAGGCUACUUCGGCCUUUUCUCCUACUGCGUGGGGAACGUGCUGUCCUCCGAGCUCAUCUGCAAGGGCGGCCCUCUGGACUUCUCCUCCAUCCCCUCCAGAGCCUUUAAGACAGCCAUGUUUUUUGUGGCCCUGAGCAUGUUCCUCAUCAUUGGCUCCAUCAUCUGUUUCAGCCUGUUCUUCGUCUGCAACACCGCCACGGUCUACAAGAUCUGCGCGUGGAUGCAGCUGGCUGCAGCCACAGGCCUGAUGAUUGGCUGUCUGGUCUACCCUGAUGGUUGGGACUCAAGCGAGGUGCGGCGUAUGUGCGGGGAACAGACGGGCAAGUACACACUGGGCCACUGCACCGUCCGCUGGGCCUUCAUGCUCGCCAUCCUUAGCAUCGGCGACGCCCUGAUCCUCUCCUUCUUGGCUUUCGUGUUGGGCUACAGGCAGGACAAGCUCCUCCCUGACGACUACACGGCAGAUGGGAAAGGUAACCUCUCCUCCUUCACAGUGGUGUCUCCUGCCUGGGCGUCUCGGUCACAAUGCGUCUCAGUCCCUAGGGUGGAGACACCAACGCUGACCAAUAAGACACAGGCCUUGUCCUCCCUGAGGGUUCCGUCUUCAUAUCAGCCCUUGGAACUGAACCAGAAGCCAAAUGUCCCCGUACCCUAUGACUACGGACACUUCCCACAUGAGGAAUUUGAGUUCCAAAGGGGGACUCGCCCAGAGGUGCACAGAAGGUGUGGCAAAGAGGAGCCUGGAACUCAGGACUUCUCUAGCUGA